AUGAGAACUUAUAGAGACAUCUGUUGCGAGCGGUCGCCUUUUGUGUUCACCUCUUAUGUCUAUAAGUUCGUAUUUUAUGUGUACAAGCUAGCAAGCAAGGAAAAGAAAAAAAAGCAUCUCCAAGCAGCCCAAAGGCCACGCCCCUCCGUGAGAAAAGAAGGGCAGAGUGACAGCAUCAUCCUUGAGAGCCACGGAAGGCCGCCGCUGCCUGCCCGGUCAGCGGCUCUCCCGCGCCGCAGUUAUAGCCGGGCGUCGCUCUCCGACUCCCUUUUAUUCUCUGCCUGCCUCCUUCCUAUGGACGUCCAUCUAUCAGACUUCCCUAAAUUGCGCGAUGCCACACGCUUUCCGACUAGUGCAAUAAUCGAACUAAGAAGUGGUGUUACCAACAGCUCUGAAACGAAGUUACCAAGGGUUCUCAACAGGUUCAGUGUUACCAACGACUCUCCGUUCCUCCCGCGACUCGAGCAUCAGCAAGUGUUGGCCCACAAUAGUAUUACAAGACAAAUGGCGCCUGUUUCCACAGGCCGUUACUCAAUGUACAUGAGUGCAGUGAGCGGCUGGACGGCGGGGCAGCAUCUGGGCCGGAUCCCGCUGGCCCGCGUCAUCGUCUCGAAUCCUGGAGAAUUUGGCCUCAUCCCUGGCCAACCCUUCUGGCCGCCCAUCACGACGCCUCCGCCCACCACCACCCCGCCGCUUAACCCGCCCAUCACUGCCGCAUCCCCGCCCGUCGCUACCAAGCAUGCAAGCGCCCACCUUAAUGAAAUCGAGGUAAAAGGCGGAGGUAUCCGCGUGCAGGACCACGGGUAUCGCACCCCUCCCACGGGCAAGAGCAAGCCUAUCGCGCCCAUAAUUUUGCAAGCGCUACGUCGGCUGGAGGCUCGACCCAGCACAGUGCAGGGCGGGUCCUUCCCUUCCGCCACAACGCUACUCCUUGCGGGAAAUGCACAGACAUUCAACCCCGUGAUCCCGGGGAGAGCCCCUACGCUGCCCGUGACGACCACUACUGCCUCUCCCUUCACGACAGCGUUCCCUGCUCGGCGGCCGUCGCCACAAACCAAGGCCCUUUUGCAGACGUUGCUGCGCGCGCGUAAUCAGAGGCUCAGAGGCUUCGGCGGAACAGCUGGCAUCCCGCCGCCCAGACGUCUCAGGGGCCUUAGCGGGCCUCCGCAAACGCCGUCGCCUGCACUAGCUGACAAACUGGCCACGUUAUUACCUGCGUCUAUCCCGCCUACCACGCCUACUACGCCUUUCACGCCUACAACACCUACCACUACCACCACCACACAGAAGCCCAGACCAAACACGAUUGGCAGCCUUGUGGACCCCGAGAAGGCACCAAGCCCGCUGCACGCACAGGAGGAAGAGCUUCCACCACCCGACCCUUCCGAUUCCGUGUUCGGCCGCCGGAUGCCACAAAAGGGACAAGUACCACCCGUGUUUGAAGUGUCCUUGGGCGUGCCCCAGCCCGAAAAAAAUGUUGAGUUACUUGCGGUUGGUGGUCGAUCCAAGCCUACAGGAAGCGUCGAACGGCAGGCAGGAAAAGCGCCUUUGCAUGCUGCUGUCUCAAAAGUGCAACAUAUAACUCAAGCAGCACAACGGGACCCUGAGAUUACUCUGGGGCCCCCACCUCACCUGCUGGGGCAAAUUCCCGUGCACGUCGAUCCCACGCCCCCGCCAUCAGUAGGGAAUCGAGACGGCGCCACCACGAGGGGACCCACACCAGCCCACUCGCCGACGCCCCAAGCAAACUCUGGCCCUGUUGCCGACCCCUUCACGGCUGUCUUCGAAACCUUAAACCAGAAACUCACUAGCCAGCCUCCGUCGCCGCCCACGAGACUCCCUAGGCCUCCAGACGACUACUACUACUAUUAUGACGACUACGAUGAUGACUAUUACUACUACGACUACGAGUAUCCAAGCAGACAGAUCGGGCCGCAAAGAGGGCGCUUCCGCUUCCCGGCCACCAAUCCCCGCCAGGCAACCUUUGCAGGAGCAAGCCUAAGGAGAAAUCCCUUCCCCGCAACUUCUUUGCUCAGGCAACCUCUUGCUGGCAACUUUCCAGCAACGACCAACUUGCCACGAGGUUUCAACGCACCGUUUGUACCUACCACUCUCUCCCUAGCGCCAGGCUCAACAAUAGGCCCUAUAGCCCCUGUCACCAGACCAGUACUGCCCCCACGACCAGCUCCUCCACCAACACGGACACAGUCGGCACCAAGGACACAGCCCCGGCCCAUUACUCCCCCUCCCUCGCUCUUCGCCACUCAGCCCCCCGCCCGCACGACUGGUCGUCGAGACGAGGCCCUCGAAGGACACCGACAGCAGCCCCCUCAAGGGAUCCCAUCCAAGGUGGAGGCACCGCCAUCACAGGUGCCUUCAUCCCAGGGCGUUCACCAAGCCAUCCCAGAAGCGCCAGUUGCUCCGACCCUGCCGUCCUCGAAGCCAAACCCAACCUCGAGCACUGUUUUCAAGAUGGUUUCCUCCCCUCACCCUCCGGAGAUAAUCAGGCAACCUGGUGAUCCACAUUCAACAUUUCCUCCACGCCCAAUCCCGCCGCCAUCUUUGCAACAGCAACCUCCGCCACCGACGGCAAGGAAUCAACACCAAUUCCAAAAUGCCGGUUCACCUAAACCCCCGUCUGAGCAGCUCUCUGCAAGUGGUCCUCCACUUAGGGCCCCGGCACCGUCUUUAUCCGAUCCAGGCGAGGACCUUGAACCGCGUAUACAGGGCGUAGUGGGCCCUGACGAUCACCUGACACUGCUGGUGUCUCCCGAGCAGCUGCGGCGGCUGCAUCACACCAAGACUUCCACACCCAUCAUAAGGAAACAGCCGGUCUAUUUCCUGCCACCGGAGGCCACAUUGCCGGAACUGGCCACGCAAAUACGCCGUCGACGAAGACCUGAUGCCCGCGUGGGAGGGCUGGAAGGCGGGUCUUGGCAAAACCAAGCGCCCACUUUGUCGCAACAGGGACCACGCGAGGAACGAAAGGAUUCUCUGACAAGAGAAAACACCAGUCCGCAGGAGGAGAUAGCGAUUAGCCAGCCCUCCAGCCCUCAAUCCUCUUCAACCGGGGCCCGUCUCCAGGUGUCACAGCAAAGCCUACCAGGGAACGGCGAUCUGCAUGAUAUCGCCGCCUUUUCUAAGCGCCACAAUAAAUCAGAGGAUUCAAUGACCCAUCAGGGAACGUCUCCUCGCAAGCGUAUGCCUGAAUCCCAAGACAGGGAUCACCGAAAACCUGAGAGAGAAAGGCGCCCCGAGUUCUCUCGUUUGCCUCUCAUAGGAUUCACAGGAGCUCAGGCUUUGGGGGAUUAUGCCAAACCGGAAGACGCAUCGUCGCAGAGAGACGAGGCGACACCGCAAAGAGCCCCAGUGACCGACAGACAAAGCGAGAGUCCAAUUCGAACUAGCCACACGCAAGAUAAAGCGUCCCCACCUCCUCACGGCGACGUUCAUGAAGAGGAGGCGCCCUUUGGCCAAGACUUUAUCGCCUCCCACGACGGGGAGAGCGUGCCCGAAGUGCAGGGAUGGGCAAAGGACCUGCCGUACCCAAACAUCACCAUCCCGGUGGAGUCCCCGGCGUUAUCGGGCCUUCCGUUUUACAUUAGCGGAAAAAAAGAGCUGGGACCCUUUUUCAUUGUUGCGCUGGACUAA